AUGCCCGAUCCUCUUGAUGCUCUUGGUGCUAUUGGGUCAGUUGAGUAUCGAGGCAAAUCUAAUGGAGCCUAUAUCAAGGCUGGCGAUAUUCAUGAUUUCAAAGUCGCCCAAGACACUGGUGGAGCUCGUGCAGAAUACAUAGGUGUUUCAGCCGGAAAGGACGCUGUAUGUAUCGCCUGGAUUACAGUGCACAUGCACGACUCAACCGAAGGCGGCGCUUGGACCGGUGAUAUUGGAUACAAUUGCGAUCAAAAAUGGUAUCCACAGUCAGAGAAAGCCGGAGCCUUGCCGGACGGAGGUGGAGACUACAUCCCUCAUUGUACUUGGUUGGAUGAGGAUCACACCGACGAUGUUGCCAGCGCCGCUCUGAAGUUUAAAACGACUGCGUACGCGGAAAAGGUAAAGGACACGCUGAAGAAUGCUCAAGCAUGCCAAUACACUCUAUGGGGCCCUGAUAAUGGCCCUAUCAACGCAAAACCCGGCAGACGUGCAUUGAAGCCUCGCCAGGCGUGGAUGGAAGACCGUCUGGUCCUAUCCAACAUAACUCAGCACUCUACCAAAGAGCUAUGCUCGUCUGCAAGUUCUUGGGGGCCCGAUUUUGUAGGCCCUGACGGAUUCUUCUGCGACAUGGGGAUCAAGAUGCUGGCUCCUCUCUGCUCAUUGCAGACUGUGGAGGGCUGCGUUGACAUUGGCGAUGAUGGAAGAACCCUGACCAAACGCAAGUCUAUCGCUAAGCGUGUGGUCAACGCUCACCACAAGUCUUACGGUACGGUUACCCAUUGGAAAUAA